CUGGCUGAGCGGACACAACUGGACUUGCCUUUGGGUACCUUCCAGGGCCGGCUGGCUAAUAAUCAUCGGACUGACCCGCCGUGCACGUCUCGCUUCCACGUCUCAGCAGAAACGCCAGGGCCAGAUUCUUGUGCUAAUUGCAGGCCAAGUGGAACUGCACAGAAAAUGGGCCCAGUAGGUGCCGAGGCUGAUGAGAACCAGACAGUGGAAGAAGUGAAGGUGGAACAAUAUGGUGGGCAAGCCACUCCUAGAGGCGAACUGGUCCCUGACCCUGAGCCAGAGCUUAUAGAUAGCACCAAGCUGAUCGAGGUACAGGUUGUUCUCAUAUUGGCCUAUUGCUCUAUCAUCUUGCUUGGGGUAGUUGGCAACUCCUUAGUGAUCCAUGUGGUGAUUAAAUUCAAGAGCAUGCGCACCGUAACCAACUUUUUCAUUGCCAAUCUGGCCGUGGCAGAUCUUUUGGUGAACACCCUGUGCCUGCCAUUCACUCUUACCUACACCUUAAUGGGGGAGUGGAAAAUGGGUCCUGUCCUGUGCCACCUGGUGCCCUAUGCCCAGGGCCUGGCGGUACAAGUGUCCACAAUCACCCUGACAGUAAUUGCCCUGGACCGGCAUCGGUGCAUCGUCUACCACCUGGAGAGCAAGAUCUCCAAGCGAAUCAGCUUCCUGAUUAUUGGCUUGGCCUGGGGCAUCAGUGCCCUGCUGGCAAGUCCCCUGGCCAUCUUCCGGGAGUAUUCGCUGAUUGAGAUCAUUCCGGACUUUGAGAUUGUGGCCUGCACGGAGAAGUGGCCUGGUGAGGAGAAGAGCAUGUAUGGCACUGUCUACAGUCUUUCCUCCUUGUUGAUUCUGUAUGUUUUGCCUCUGGGCAUCAUAUCUUUUUCCUACACCCGAAUCUGGAACAAACUGAAGAACCACGUCAGCCCGGGAGCCGCCAAUGACCACUACCAUCAGCGAAGGCGGAAAACCACCAAAAUGCUGGUGUGCGUGGUGGUGGUGUUUGCCGUGAGCUGGCUGCCUCUCCACGCCUUCCAGCUUGCGGUGGACAUUGACAGUCAGGUCCUAGACCUGAAGGAGUACAAACUUAUCUUCACGGUGUUCCACAUCAUCGCCAUGUGCUCCACCUUCGCCAACCCCCUUCUGUACGGCUGGAUGAACAGCAACUACAGAAAGGCCUUCCUCUCGGCCUUCCGCUGUGAGCAGCGCUUGGACGCCAUCCACUCGGAGGUGUCCGUGACAUUCAAGGCUAAAAAGAACGUGGAAGUCAAAAAGAACAAUGACCCCAAUGACUCUUUCACAGAGGCUACCAAUGUCUAGAGAAACUGGGGUGUGAAGGCACAUAGAUGAAUUCUGACCAGAGCUGUAAAUCUGGCUGAUGAAAGAUCGCAAGUGCAUUUUGAUUUCCCAUUUUAAGGAAGAAAAAGAGCACCCGGAUGGAAACACCUACAGUUUAAUUCCUGGAGAACUGGCUGGAGGCGUCUAGGUGAACAUAUUCAUAUUCAAGGAUAGGGCAACAAAAGGAUUUGCUUGGUUAAAUUAUGAGUAAAAGCAGAGAGAAAUACUUUUGGCUGUUUCCCAGAGUGAAGAAAGCCUGAACAAGGAAUUGACACGCUCAGCAUUUCUUAAAGGCCAUGGGUAAAUAAAUUGACUUUCAAAUCACCUUAGGACCCGGAUUGGGGAUGUUGUGUAAUUCUCUGCUCCCCCAUCAUCUGAUGAAAAGGCUACUGAAUACAAAUGUCGCUGGGGAGCCAUAGGCUCUCCUUUAUUGGAUUUUGGUUUUAUUGUUCUUCCUAUAGACGAAAUCCAUCAGGGAAUGGUAAAUGUUGCCAACUAUUCGAAUGACUUUGAAGAAAUAAGCUGAAAUUUGUUAUAUAAUUAAUAUUUUGGCAAAUGAAAGAAGUCUUUAACACUCAGUGAGCCAAAUGUUCUUAAAACCAAAUGCAUGUUUGUUGGAAGUUUCCUCAACUCACAGGCUGAAAUUCUCAGAAUUGCAAGAAAUGCGAACCAUCAUUUAAUUUCAUAUUUCAAGUUAUUCUUGCUUUUUGGAGAGACUAUUUAGAUAACAACAAAGCCUACAACUUAAUACUUUUAAUCAUUGCUAAUUGUUGUACCUUUUUGAACACGUAUGGUUUCUGUUAUUCCUGUUGGAGGUAAGUUUGCACUAAUAAUUAAAUUAGACUA